GAUUUUGGAGAGAGAAGCUGGCUGAUGGCUCUUUAGCCCUGGCUGUGCUAAGAGAAGCUGUGCAAAGAGAAAAAUCUCUCUACAAUAUUCAAUAUCUCUAGUUAUUCAGCAUAACUUAUCAUUGAGGGUUGUGCUCUGGCUGACAGUGGGUGCCCUCUCCUGAGGACCCUCGGGUGGGGCAGGCCACAAGGCUCACAGAACUCUGUCCAGUGGAUGGAGAGGUAUUGCUUGGCCACCUGAAGUGUUGGCAUUAAAGCUGAAGGCAGAUUUGGCAGGGCUCACAUUCUUUCAGAUGAUCCAGGGCCCAGGUAGCCCUACCGGCUUCCCUGCUGGGUCAGAGGUGGUCUAAGGGUGAACAGGCCUGGCCCCUCAGCUCUGGGCUGCUGUCCUGCUGGAGGACAGACAGGCAGCAGGGGCAAGAGGCUUCUCCUCAGCUGGCAGCUGGCCCACUGAGCACACUGCUCUGGAAAGGAAGAGCAGGUAGGCAUCCUCCCCGAACACUAGAUCCCCAGGCUUGGUCCAGAGAGGUAGGAACAGAGAGUGCCGUGUCCUCUCAGCACCUUCCUGAUGAUCCAUGUCUGAGCCGUGGCUUGAAUCUGCUCACUUGAACCAGGUUCAAUGUCUUGUGCCUGAGAACCUAUGCCACUACUGUGGCCAGGUGACCAAACCCUUCUCAUGUCUCUUGGAACAUGUGACCCACUUUCUCAAUGAGCAGCUUUCUUUAUGGGUUUAGUGGAAACCAGCAGCCUGGAGAGAUGGAUCAGUGGCUGCUCUUCCGAAGGUCCUGAGUUCAAUUCCCAGCAACCACAAGAUGGCUCACAACCAUAUAUAAUGAGGCCUAGUGCCCUCUUCUGGCCUGCAGCCAACACUGUAUAUAUAAUAAAUACAUCUUUAAAAAAAAAAUGAUAGCAACCAGGCCAGCCCCUGCUGGGUGCCCCACCCCCACCCUAUGAUUACGUAACAAUUGCUCCCUAUAGGUCAUGAGAACUGAGGAUGGUUCUGUGACGCGUUGGGAAUGGGCUUUGGGGAGAACCGCCUCAGAGUCCCCGGGUGGACUUAAGCCUCCAUAACACCAAUGAGCUCCCCCUCCCAUACCCCUAAUCCAUCCCCAACCCAAUCCCCGUCCCAGUCCCGGUCUAACCACGCCCACGCUGAUAAUUUAACCAACCAGCAGCAGCCCCCUCCUAGCUCUGGAGGCUCAGCCCCUUCCCCUUCCCCCACCCGGGGGACUUCCUCCCGCCCAACCUCCCAUAACCCCACCCCAGCUGCUUCUCAGCCAUCCUCCCGGGCUUCCUCCCAGUCACCUAGUCCUCACGUCCAGCAUGUGUCCCGAGGGUCUACUCAAGCCCCUACCCCUCCAGCCUCCAAAUCUCCCUCCCAGACUGGAUUGAAAGCUCUCUCUCGAAACCCUUCCCUGACGCCCGCGGUGCCCGUGAACAGGUCCCCUGCGGCCUCGGCCUCCUACAUCGGGCCCAUCCGCAACAUCCCUUCCUACAUUGCCCCCUAUGUGCCUCGUUUCAUGAAAGAGACCCCCUAUUUCCAGCCCCCUACAGCACCUCUUCCGCAAAAUCGGUGCUUUCCCUGUCCCUUUCCGUGCCAGGCCCAGGAAUCCAGGCCGCCACCACCACCACCACCCGACUCUCUCUACCUCCCCCUCCUCCCCCCACCCCCUCACCUCCCCCAAGUGAACUGCACCUACCCUACACCUCCGGCCCUGUUCACACCCCCAUCCUCCCUCUCCUACACUCCACCAACCGAAGUCCUGCUGAAGGGGAAGCCACACGUGGUACCUUCGGUGCUACCGGCUACCUUCUACACCCCCUUCUCCCGCUUCUACUCCCAGCCCCGGCCCUACCGCUACCACCGGCGCUUAACCCUUCCCUCACUCUCCCUUCAAUACGAUGGUUCUGGACGCUCUGUCCACUUCUAUCGUGGGACCUAGGCCUC